CUCGUCCUCCGCCCACUCCCGUCGGUCUCCCGGCGGCGGCGGCUUUGUCUCCCGGGCAGGGCUCCCUCCCCCAGCUGCUGCCCAGGGAGGAAGCGGUGGAGCUGUCCAGCAUCCCGGUGCUGAAAGCCGGCGCGCCGACGGUGCUCCACCAUGUAAGGGCCAUGCCCAGGCUCGCCCUGGCGCAGCGCGGACAUGGAGGAGGACCUGUUCCAGCUCAGGCAGUUGCCGGUGGUGAAAUUCCGCCGGACGGGAGAGAGUGCGAGGUCAGAGGACGACUUGGCUUCCGGAGAGCAUGAUGUCCAGAUCGAGGGGGUCCGAGUGGGUCUAGAAGCGGUGGAGCUGGAUGAUGGGGCAGCUGUGCCCAAGGAGUUUGCCAAUCCCACUGAUGACACUUUCAUGGUGGAAGAUGCGGUGGAAGCCAUUGGGUUUGGAAGAUUUCAGUGGAAGCUCUCUGUUCUCACUGGCUUGGCUUGGAUGGCCGACGCCAUGGAGAUGAUGAUCCUGAGUAUCCUGGCACCUCAGCUGCACUGUGAGUGGCGGCUCCCCAGCUGGCAGGUGGCACUGCUGACUUCGGUGGUGUUCAUCGGCAUGAUGUCCAGUUCCACGCUCUGGGGAAACAUCUCAGAUCAGUAUGGCAGGAAAACAGGGCUGAAGAUCAGCGUGCUCUGGACCCUGUACUACGGCGUCCUCAGUGCUUUUGCGCCUGUGUAUAGUUGGAUCCUGGUGCUCCGAGGCCUGGUGGGCUUUGGGAUUGGAGGGGUGCCCCAGUCGGUGACGCUGUAUGCUGAGUUCCUUCCCAUGAAGGCCAGAGCCAAGUGUAUUUUGCUCAUAGAGGUCUUCUGGGCCAUCGGGACAGUGUUCGAAGUUCUUCUGGCUGUGUUUGUGAUGCCCAGCUUGGGCUGGCGCUGGCUGCUCAUGCUCUCAGCUGCUCCACUGCUCCUCUUUGCUAUUCUGUGUUUCUGGCUGCCAGAGAGUGCUAGGUAUGAUGUGCUGUCCGGGAACCAGGAAAAGGCGAUUGCCACGUUAAAGCGGAUAGCAACAGAAAAUGGAGCCCCCAUGCCUCUGGGGAAGCUUAUCAUCUCCAGACAGGAAGACCGAGGCAAAAUGAGGGACCUUUUCACACCCCACUUUCGCUGGACAACGCUGCUGCUGUGGUUUAUAUGGUUUUCCAAUGCCUUUUCUUAUUACGGCUUGGUUCUGCUCACCACGGAACUCUUCCAGGCGGGAGAUAUCUGCAGCAUCUCCAGCCGGAAAAAGGCAGUGGAAGCCAAAUGCAGCUUGGCCUGUGAAUAUCUGAGCAAGGAGGAUUACAUGGACCUACUGUGGACCACCCUGUCUGAGUUCCCAGGCGUCCUCGUGACUCUGUGGGUCAUCGACCGCCUGGGGCGCAAGAAGACCAUGGCCUUGUGUUUCGUCAUCUUCUCCCUCUGCAGCCUCCUGCUGUUCAUCUGCAUUGGAAGAAACAUGCUCACCCUCUUACUCUUCAUUGCAAGAGCAUUUAUUUCUGGAGGCUUCCAAGCGGCCUAUGUUUACACGCCUGAGGUGUACCCCACGGCAACGAGGGCCCUAGGCCUGGGCACCUGCAGCGGCAUGGCAAGAGUGGGCGCCCUCAUUACUCCGUUCAUUGCUCAGGUGAUGCUGGAAUCUUCCGUGUACCUGACCUUGGCCGUCUAUAGUGGAUGCUGCCUCCUGGCUGCCGUGGCCUCCUGCUUUUUGCCCAUCGAGACCAAAGGCCGAGGACUGCAGGAAUCUAGCCACCGGGAGUGGGGCCAGGAGAUGGUUGGCCGAGGGACCAGCAGUGAAGGUGUCCCCAGGUCGAACUCUGGCUCUCAGGAAUAACAACCCCUGGGGGUUGAGCUGGUCUCUGAGGUUGUAAAGCCUAGGGAGCUGACAGAGCCCAGUUGGGCCACUUAUGGUCACUGCCUACAUCAAGAAUUUACCCAAGGGGGUGAUGCGGACUGACAGGGUUUUGUGUCUUCACUGUGUUUGACCAUAUUUAUCGAGGGUCACCCACCCCUUGAAAAUGGGGUAGCAUUCACUCCAGGGGGUUCUCUGUGGUAGGGGAAGGUUUAUACAUCGCUGUGGAUCUGCAUGGGGAAACUGCUACUGCGGGAGGGUCCCAGGACGCUCAGGACCAGCUGAGCAGGUGUCAUAUAGUUACCCAGUCUCACCCUUGGAGAGCCACCGCCCAAAGAUCUCCGUAGAUACAGUCUGGGCCCAGGCCCCUGUGACAGUUGCCAUUUUGUCCAGUAGGUUUCUUCUGCGCCCUGGCCUCAGGCUUUCUUUGGAAUUAAGGUGAGCUAGUGUCUGGCCCGAGCAGCUUUUCUGGAGCCAGAGAUGCCCACUGCUUCCUUGGCUGGGCCCCUUUAGACGUCUCUCCAGGGCCUGCCGGGUAGAAACAGACAGAUGUAUGUGCAUCUAAAUUUGAACCAAGCAGCCCUGAUCUGGCUUCUCCCUCUGGAGUCACUGUCUCUGGCUGUCUCUGGGGAGAGCUAGGUGCCCACCAGGCGAUCACCCCUGAAAGCUGUUACCCCAUCCCCCAACCUGGAAACUGGAGACUGAGGCCUAGCUGAGGGGAAAACUCAAACCAGAGUCUCUGUGGCAGCAGCGAAGGCCUUUCUGGGCCCUCUGUUUCGGCUCCCUCCUCAGCCCUACUGAGUGGCAAGUCCCUGUUUACUCAGGCUUCAGGUCUGUGAAGAAGGCUGCACAGGCUGAGGGAUCUCCAGGGGGAAGCACCUACUGCAGGUCUGCCUCUGCCUUCUCUCUCACGCCCCCUUUGUCAAGAGCAGCGCUGGCCCUGCAGAGCAGGUCCUGGGAGGAUGCCCUGGCUCAAGAAUCAGAAAAGCUCAUGUCAUAGGGGAGGGGAAGCCAUUGUCUUGGCCUCGGGAGGAAGGACUCCAGCAGGCAGUCCACGUGCACUCCCAGAUGCCGGAACACACGAGUCUUCUCCCGAGAUUCGGGGAGGAAACAACACACAGGGGAGGAAGGAAACUGCCAGGCCCCAUCGAAGGCCAGAGGAAACUGACCCCCAGCUGCUCGACGCAUACAUCGCAAAGAAGCCGAACGUGCGUUGUGCGAUCAUCUUUUAUUAAAACAUUGGUGACGGACA